AUGUCUUUUGAACUAGAGCAGCCGAAGACAGCAGAAGAGAUGUUCUAUGAACGCAAAGCGGUCGACCGAAGUGACGUUGAUUUCCCUGGCGACAUGUCGGAGCACAAAGAUUUAUUCGAAACAAUCAGUGAAGCUCACUACUUGCCCGAGUUAGGUGGUCCACACGAUGAAGCAUUGCUAGAAUCGCUCGUAGAAAAGGGUUGUGAAGAUAACCAGAUCCUAGGGCAAGCGCUCGACAAACUGGCGCAUCUCGUGCAGGGCACUGCGGAGUAUCCUGAGGAUGAGGAGGGUAUGUUAUUAGGCAACGCCCCGGUGUCAGAUAUUAUAGAAACACUAGAACAAUCUUUAGAGUCUCCCAGCCGCAGCAGUAUGACUGCCGCUCAAGGACUCCUGCACCUUCACCACAUUGGCGACCACUUACAACAGGCUGACGCUCCGGAGAUUGAUAGCCACGCUUACAUCUCUGACCGAGUGUUUGUUUCGGACGAUUCCACUCACUGUGCUCUCGAUAGUUUAACCGGGACGGCAAGCGACGUCCAGGUCGACAGUGAAAUUAAAAAUAUUAACUUUAAUCACAAUGAUGAAAAGAGGCUAAAUAGUGAAAUUGGUUUAUCCGAUGUUUUGUAUACCGCACCAGUACCUGAUUCUAACGAAACGUUCUUAAAUAAACAAUUUGAAGAGCCUCCGGCGCCGUCGUUGCCGGAUCAGAGUGACGUCGUACUACCGAGUGAGGAUGCAGAAGUGGAGGUAAAGGGACAGACAUUGUGUAAUACUGUUGUAGAGAGUUGUGAUAAAAGUGAAGCCGAAUCUAAUAUUGAGAAGAUUGAUAACAUAAUUGAAUCUGAACAAAAUGCGACCGUAAUUGAGAUAAAACAUGAGGAAUCCUUUACGAAUACCCACGAUGACAGUAAUUUACCCACAGACUUAAGCAUUCAGAACGUUGACUCGAGUCCUUUAAUGUUAAGUCAUAAUGAAGUCACAAACGGUUUAGAAGAUAAUGUUUCAGAUAAAAGUGAUGAACAACCCAAAGACUUAAGCGUUCACAAAAGGGUGAUGACACCUGGCACUUCACCGCGGUGUACGGAAAUGCCGCGCGCUCCCUCGCGGGAGUCAGAUGCAAUGCAGUCGCCACAGCCUAGUGGUAUACCUGCCGUGCCUUCAUCACCUGAGAUAUUUACGAUGCCACUCACUAAAAGCAAACAAACGUUAUUCCUUGAAACGCUUUUAUCGUCCCCUUCUCCUAAAAUGUACACAUCAGAGGUAACUAUCACAAAACAACAGUGUGAACCAUUAAAUCUAGGAAAACACAGGAAAUCUGCGAGUCCUACAGUUUCUAGUUGUUCGGAUGAGAUAAAAAAAAUUAAUAAAGAAUUCGGAGAACCUCAAGAAAAAAAAUCUAGACGUGAAUCUAUUGAUGAUUUAGCUAAAAUUAGUAAAGUUUUUAAUAAGUGCAGUGAUGAACAGACAUCGAAAAAGUCUGACCGGUCCUCCAGUAAACCGAGUGAUGUUAAUACUCCUUUACAACAAUUUAAUAUUUUAAAGUCUCGGUCAGAUUACACACUCCCGGACCCUCUCCUCAUACCUAAAGACAAGCUAGAAGCGAUCCUGGCAGCUCCAGCGCGCGAGAUCCCCGCAUUGCUCAUCCAGAGGCCUGAGCUACGGCUGCCGGCUACUUUCGCCUUUCCAGCUAUUCUGCAGGACCCUGACAUACUCGUAGUUUCCUUGACGCAGUUGGAACAUGUCCUAUUAGAUAGAGAAACGAAACAGGUUAUAUCGCCUAGAACUAAAGAGCACAAAAUACACUCCUCUAAAGGCGAAAGAGAACAGACGGCGCCACCGAAACCAAUUCCCUCAAUGGAUGCCCUCGCAGGUGACAUUGACGCUGCUACCUCCGCAGCGCUCAAUCAAAUGCUGUGGCUGCCUUACCUCAGCCAGCUUGAGGCCAUGGCCGCUUGCUCGCAGAACAUGGAUUUCAUUAAAGCUUUGAACUCAACCGGGUAUGGUGGGCCAAACUAUCCAGAUAUAUCACAAAUGUUUAAUCCGUCCGCUCGAUUUAUGGGAGCAGGCUUCCCUGCGACGCCUGCCAUGCAGGAGUACGAUAGUCGGAUGCAGUUCGCGAUGUGGCAGGAAGCAAUGGCGCACGCUGCCGCAGCCCGGCCUAAGGCCUCCGCACCGCCUGACCAAUGCAAGGAGGCAUCCAAAUCGAGCGACGUCCAAAACCCCUACGUACACUCAACGAAGAGUCAUGGCAGAAGUCAUUCGGCGGCGCGUACGAGCCCAAUUGCGACAAGCUACAGUGGAGGGCGCGCUCUUCACAACCCAUUUUUGGGCGCCUACGGGCCGGCGAUGCGGCCCAGUGCUCCUCCGCCAGGACUACAGCUGUCAUACCUAGGGCCGCCUGCGCCCAGUCAACGAUCACCGCGCGGUCAACAGAAGAGUCCGCCGUCACCUUAUUUCCCUAACAACAAUUACUUGCAAGCGGCACGGAGUGGAGCUGCGGAAGCGGCGCGGCCACGAAUUAGUGUCAAGUCGCUUCAGAAUCUUCUGGAGCCGGGUGCGGCGGCGAGAGGUCGCCGAGAGGAGCCUGAGGUGGGCAGCACCACGCCCGCCGACCCUCGUCCUCCGCACGACCCCGCCGCGAUGCACCUCUGGCACCCUCUCUUCGGCAAGUGA